GCGCAUGGUUGUGAUUAAACGUCACGGAACAGUCGGAUCCUUUGCCUAGUGCAUGUGCUGUUCUGUUGUGAGAAACAUCACGCUGGUAUAGGCACGUAGCCAAUGAAGUGACGUCAUGGGCAACCUGCUUUUUAGUUCAUUAAAGGGGCUGCUGGGGAAGUUAGCGGAUUUACCAUUGGGGAAGCAGAGGAGCAGCUAUCUGCUGUUAUAUAGGACUGUUUCAUCGCUUCAGAAGUGCUUAAGGUACUUCUUUUGGUGUAGCAGUAUCACCUACUGACACCUGCUUUAUUAUUGCUAAGGAAAUUAGAAGAGGUGGAGUAUUUUUUCAGCACCUGCGAGGGACGUAUAAGUGACAGCAUUACUUAGCGCAUCUAAAUACUUAAGGGCAUGAAAAACUAAUAUCAACCUUCUCAGCAGUGAGAGGACUUCCUGCAGUCUACUAUUGACAUCAGUUGGGACUUUCAUACUGAGCGUUUCAGUUCCAUUAGUGGCUUAAGAGAGAAAACAACGUAGCCAGAAAAAAACUGGAAUUGUGGGCCAUGGAUACUUGAAGCGCCAUUGUGAUAGUAUCUUCUGUGGAGCGAUUUGGUCGAUAUACAAAUUGGAAUGGAUCUAAGGAUGCAGGGAGACUGGAUGUUAUAUGGUCCUUGACCAGCCUCCCAAACCGCUUCAUUACUACCGAGAUUCUGCGUGAAACCACUGAUAUGAAUGCACACGCUAUGCAGCUCCUUCAUCAACUCAACAGGCAACGUAGACAAGGCCACCUGUGUGAUGUGGUCUUCAUGGUGCAGAACUCACUUUUCAGGGCACACAAAAAUGUCAUGGCUGCAAGCAGUAGCUAUAUGCAGUCAUUAGUGUCUGAAAACAAUUUGGUUAACCUUGGGACAGUGGGGAUGACACCUUCUGUCUUUGGGCAAAUUCUGGAUUAUAUUUACACUGGAAAUCUGCCAGCAACACUGGAUGAGAAUAAUGUCCGUUCCAUACUGGCUGCAGCCAACUGCUUGAUGUUACGGGAUCUUGCUUGUCUCUGCAGGAAGACGUUAACAGCUGACAGUUGCACUCUCAGAGGGGAUACCACCCCAACAGACCCCUUGACACAGAAUAUGGCACAAAACAGACCACCAGUGAACCAAGCCUCUUUGAGAAUGAAUAACAUGUCUUUUAAUUUGUGUUGUAGAUCACUGAAAGAAGAAGAAAAUGAAAGCUUAAGUAGUUCUCCCUCUUGUCAUCUGACAGAUGUAUUAUCUGACUCCAGUGAUGGCCACUCUUGCAGGCCUUUGUUAGUGAGUGGACAGUACUGUGACACUAGAUGCAAUCUCAACCAGGCCAUGAUCUCCAUUGUGCCUUCCUUCAGUGCAUUGCCAUCUACAGUGCAGGCUGCUACAGAGGGUAGCCUGCUGUCCUGUCAACUUCUUGGUCAAAAAGCAGAGGAACUCCAACACAGAAGGCCAGUUCUGUCCUCAUGUCCUUUUGGUGCCAGUGCUGGAGGUGGAGUUAUCCGUUGCCCAGCCAGAUCUAAAGAUAUCCACUCAGACUCCAGCUGUGACCAUUUUGAGUCAGCAAAGUUAGAAGAUGCAAAUACCAUACAGACAGUUCACCCCAAGAUGCAUUAUGUUAUGAAUGAGGCAGAAACACAGCACUCCAGGAGUUGUUUAACACCAGAUCCUUUUAAGGAUGAACUGUACCUUUGCAUUCACUGCGGACAGGACUUUCUUAGUGCAGAACUUCUUAGGGACCAUAUGGAUGGACAUAGCAAGAAAUGUGAUUUGGAACAGGAAGCAAACUUGCCUGAAAGUACACAUCCCCCAGUGACCCAGGAGAUACCAUCCACAGAAAGUAUAAGAAGUACCCAGCUCCAAACAUCCCAGGGUAAGCACACAAACAACAUACCACGCUUCCAUGUUUGUGAUAUUUGUGGGAAAGAAUUCACCCAGCGGGGGACACUGAACCGUCACAUGCGUUCUCAUAUGGGUGUGAAGCCCUAUACCUGUUCACAGUGUGGCAUGAAGUUCACACGGCAGUACCGUGUUGCUGAGCAUAUGAAAGUACACUCGCAUAUGAAGAGCUUUCAAUGCCCAACCUGCCGACAGAGCUUUCUACAGCCAUUGGACUUAAAAGACCACCUGAGGAAGCAUAGUUAACAGCUUAUGUUCAGGAGAAUUCAGGAUAAGCACAAGGACUGUAAACUGAAAAUUUAGUUUGCAGGAUUAUAUCAUAUCAUUGCUGGUAGUAUGGUUAUACUGGCAUGAGUCGGAGGCUUUGUCUUGGAAGUAGAUGAGUGACAAGUGAAUUUAUAUGAGAAUACCACUGUCUCUGUAAUGUCCUUGCUGCUCAGGACAGCUGCAAAUGACGGACAGUUCAGUUUGAGUAGGGAUAGCUGUCAUCUGUUUUGAUGCGAUGGUGCCUGAUAUUUGUAACAGUGCAGAAGCUUCUUAAAUGGCCAAAGUCGUAUUUUUUUCUGAACUUAGUCUGUGUUAUGUUUAUUGCAUAAUUAGUGAGGACACUGGAGCAAUAGAAGCUGUUUUCUUGUUAGUACUGCUGAACUUGAUAACAAGUACACUUUGUCUCCACCUUUACAAGCUUAAAACUGUUAUCAUUCACCAGAAAAGGGCUGUAAUCUGUUUUUGCAUACCUGAUGUAAGCUAUAACAUAAAGUGCUUUAGUUUGCCUGAGAUGGAUUGUAAUGUGUCAUGCCACACUGUGUUUUAAAAAUAUCUUUUAAAAUAAUGACUUUAAUAAUUUUCAGGUACUUACCAGUUAUUGUAGGGCCACAUUUCCCCACUGUAAUGUUUGCUUGUUUUUGUACAAAAUAAAUAGGCUGCUACAUUUUAUUUCUUUUAAUUGCUGCAUAUUUACACAUACGUCUUUGCUUCAAUGGUUUGGGUACUGUAUGAAGGAUUAUUGUGGGUUGUUGUUAUGGGUGUGGGAGUACUUAAGGUGCUAAGAGUUAUGACAAUCCAGUAUCUCAUUUGUCAGUGGUUACCAUAGUGACCCUGGCCAUUACAUGUUUUGCCCUGCUGUCUACUUCAUUUGAUGUUAGCAUUAGCAGUUUGUUGAUCACUAUGUCUUGCACAUAGAGAGAACCCAGAUGAGUUAACUUUAGCCAUGGAUGUAUUGUUGUCCUUUUACCAGCUAGGAAGAGGAGUAUUCCAACAGUUGAUUGAGAAUGCUAGUAUCCUAUCAAAUCCAUUUAAUUACAUUUGGCUUGGCUGAAUCAACUAUCUAGCAGAUUUUUUUAAUGUAACAACAUUUAUAUUAUUUGCAUAAGUCAUUAACUUUAAUGUUAAAGUUGGAGUCUGUGCUUAAGAUAGAUUUAAAGUUGACUGAUUUGCUAUAUCUGAGGUAAGGUUAGAUUUAGGAUUUGGAUUAAUAUAGGAUUAGGGUUUAUAUUAGGGUUUGAAAUGUAAGGGGUGCUAUGCCCUGGGUGGGUGGAGGAUGUUUGACUGUAUCUCAAAUGAAAUUAUUUGUAAUUCAGUGCAUGCUUGUGUUCUGUGUAUUUUCAUUGGAUUUUGUUUUUUUUUCUGUGUUGGUGUUUUUUCGACUAUAUAUAUUUGACAGUGUUGUUUUUAGUGAAAUGUUCUACGGAGUUAGUAUAUAUAAGUUCAGGGGGUGUGGGGGGCUUGCCCCCCCUCCCCCAAAAAAAGAAGUGUAAAGGAGGAGACCUGUGUUUUUUGAGAUUUGCUCUCCUCUGGUAUUUUCUUGUCUUUUUUAUUUUUCAGCAUAAUGGCAUUCCACAUUCCGAACGUUGACAUUUCAGUAAGGAGCCAUUAAGAUUUUGGGAUACAGACACAUCUUUGAAUCCUGUGUUUCUGAACAUUAUUUAAACAAGAAAUUAUAAGAGUAAAGUCACUAAAUUACCUACUUACAUCUGAGUUUCAGACUCCGUACAUUUGAAUUUCAGACUUCAUAUCCUUCAGAAAAAUGCAUACUAAUGUGAAGCCUAUUGUUGUAGCAACUUCAAACUAACAAGUUUCUACAUUUAUAGAAGCAUUAUGUGAAAUUUGUCCCUGUCAAAGUCCUAAAUAAUGAUGACAUACAUUUCAGUUUCAGGCUUCAUUUCCUUCCUUCAGAAAAUACAUGCAAAAUGCCAAAAGGUGUUAAUUAUUCUAGCAGCAUUCUAAGUUUAAAACAACAACAAUAUUUAAAGUUUGUCCCCAGUCCCUGUCAACUACAGGUUACUAAAUGACUGCAUAUAUUUUGAGUUUCAGUUUCAGACUUCAAAUAAUAUCCUUCCUUCAGAAAAUGCAUGCUUCUGGAACUUUCUAAGGAGAUAAUAAGUGCAAAGGCAAAGCAAGGAAUAAUUAAUCUUUAUCCCCGAUUGCCUUCCCCAGCCAUCCCCCAUUAUUUUUCUUUGUCCAGAUAUCUUGGGUUUAGAGUCAACUACUACUCUAUAGAUCAAGAACAGGAUGAGGUUAACUUGUCUUAAGGACGCUAAUGCUAUAACCUAAUCAAAACUCUUUCCUCUUUGUACAGUCCUUAGACUGUUAAUGACCAGCUUAUACAUCCGCUCUGUUUAUAGUUAGUAAGUUAUUACUCGGUUUACUAAAUGCAGUAAAAUAUUCAGGCAGAUUAAUAAACAUUUUUUGUUGUCUUACGUAAGUGGCCCUUAAUAUGUCAAAUGAGAAGAUGUGCAAGCAUUGCCAUUUCUUGAUGUGCUGAGCAUAUUGUUCACUCACUGCUGCUCAAGCAUGGCAGAGACCUAAGACACAAGCCUUAACUGUUUGGCUGUAACCGGCUACACUAGAGCAACAAACAUGGAUAUUACUGUCUAUACCUUCUCCAUCCCCCUCUACCACUAACAAUCAGAGAUGGUACACUGCUGUAGCAGUUAGUGCUUGUUGUGGCAAUUACUGCUGAAGCUUUACAAACUUUAUUGUCUAGUCUGGUUCUGCACUGAGUGCUUAUUGUGCGGACUCUGCACACCCUUCCUUUAUUUGUAUGUGUUUUCCUGGUGUUAUAGUUUCCUUCUGCAUCUCAAAAGAUGUGCUGUAGGUGAAUUUGUAAGCCUUCAAAAUUUACUGUAGGUGCGUGCAUAUGUGUGUGUGUAUCCUCUGAUAGAUUGGCAUCCUACCUGGAAUCAGUUUCUGUCUUGCAUAUAUUGGAAGAGGUCACUCCCCAUGAUGAUGGAAGUGAAAUAAAUAAAAAAUAACUUUUUGCUGCUAAUUGUGGUAGGCAACUCAUAACCUAAGGCAAGAGAUGGGCACAUUUUCUACAACUCAGCAUAAACAUUUAAUAAAACUGUAAGCUAAAUAAUUCCCAGUAAAGAAAGGAAAACAAAACCCCACUUAUCUAUCUUUAGCAGGCCAAUCCCCCCUCCUCAAAUCCUGUCAAGAAGGGCAUAAGAAACCUUUUAAUUAUUUUUUGUCACUAAACUUAGCCCAGUCAGAUAGUCCUUCUGGCUAACAUCUUAGCCAUCUAAUCAUAUCUUCCACCAUAAUGUAGGACCCAUUAAAAAGAGUUUGAGAAUUCCCAUUUUUAUUGGAAAUACCUUCUCAGUUGCAUAUUUUUCCGUAGAAUGGGAAGCAGAAGGUAAGAGCUGGCUGUUAUUUUUGUUUGUUUUAUUUAUUUGUGUUACCCAUCUGUUGUCUGAUAAGCUCGUUGUAUCAAGUGCACUUUGUAGAGGUAACAUGGAAGCAGUGUGUCAUCAUGUGACUUUCUCAGACUUUUAGUCAUAUACACUAACUGCCAGCACUCAGUGCUAUCUGUCGGAUCACAAUCCACUGUUCUUGCACCUACAAUAGUGCCAUUUGUCACAUAUUAAGAAUUUUUUGUUUGCAAAAGAUAUCCUUGCCCUUUGUGAGUCUGAGCUGAACUGCGGUAUGAAGUCUAUAGUAUGCUGACAUUUGCACAAAAAGAAUUACUGUUGUCUGCUGUGCUCUGGAUGCCAACUGUAAAGCCCACUAACUGCCUUCACUUCACUAACCCACCCACUCUAUCCAGCAACCCAAUCAGAAGCCUUUGGAGUAGUAUCUAAGGCUCAUCUUCUACAUAAAAUGUAUGGAUGAGCCCACCCACUCUAUCCAGCAACCCAAUCAGAAGCCUUUGGAGUAGUAUCUAAGGCUCAUCUUCUACAUAAAAUGUAUGGAUGAGCAGACUGACCUGUAACAUGACACUAAAAUGGCGUGGGAAUCAUUUAUGAUUGCAAGAAGGCUACUAAACUAAUUGGAGCAGUGCAGAGGACAUGUUUAGCUUUACACAGGGUAAAAAACUACAGAUAAAAUAAAUUCCAAACAUUUUGCACCUUUUCUAAGCCAGGGCAAUUGCCCCUUUUGCCCUAGCGUUCCAGUGCUACUGCUUGUCAAAUUUAUUUUCGGUUGUGAGACCAAGCAGUUUUCUUCCUCAUUAGGUGAGUUGUCCAGAGACAUUAUGGUAAAGCAGUCUUCUGAUGGGAUGGAGGUAUCUCGAUUGUCUUUAGAUAGGAUGGAGAUGUUAUAAUUACUAAGAACAGUACACAAGGCCAUAGACUGGCUGUCUGGUCAUAACUAUCUUAUGUAUAUAAGACAUGGAUGUCAAAAUUUUCACUUCAAGACUGCAACAAUGUGAAGCUCAAGAAAGGUCACUGGAUGUGUCAGUGCAAAUCAGGGCAAUCACAGGACUGUUCUGGUAUGAAACAGUGCCAACGGUAUUGCCAGCUGCAGCAGAAACACUGUAGGCAUGGCAACGUGUUGACUUGGAGUAUGUUUCUACUAGCUUUCAGACAGCUCAAGCAGUUCAGUCACAUUGUACAUAAACAGCAGUACAAAUAAAAUAAAAAAAAUGAGAGCAGCUAAGAGACAGUUUAGAUAUGCCAUCUCUGUUAUUCAGCACAAAACCUGUGUAGGGUCAUUUCAUCGAGAGUGAUAUAGUGGUAUCCACAAUGUCUGCAUUGUUGUAGAAUAGCUGUAAACCUUAAAGUAAUGCCAUUCUGAUGCUCUACUUUGUGACUACAUCAGACUUUUCUUGGCUCUCUUUAAGGUUGAUAACACCAGCAUCACAUGUACAUGUAUCAACACAAUUGUGAAUACCUGCGGCCACAUUUCUUGCCAGAAAACAGUCACUCUGCUUUGUGGCAAUCUGUCCAGCAAUCUUUCAGCCUGAUAUCAAAAAGAAGAAAUGUGGUCUUAGAAAUGAUAAGAUGAUGUCGACUAGAUAUCAACCAUAAUUAAAGCUGGAUUGCAGUUGACAGUAAUACAUGUAUCCUCUGCAUGAAGGAACGCAGAGCCAUUAGCACAUUACACACUUGUAAAUAUUGUUUUUCUGGGUGCUUUUUUUCCCUUAAUACCUGCUGAUCAUUAAGCCUUGGCUAGUCAGGCACAUGCCCAUUCAUUACCCUGCAAUGGGCAUCCCUAUUACAGAAGUGAGAGACUUCCAGGGAAGAUAUCAUUCUUGCAGCCAUGAGGGUAGUUUGUUCCUCACUGCUAUAAAGGUGGUUUGUUCCUCAGGCUAUGCCCAGUUAUUCCACAUUCUUGAUUUGGGAAAAGGGAUCAUGUCUCAUUGCCCAAGUUAGUCUGGCCUACCCCAUAACUGGGGCUCUAUAGAAACAAUACCUAGUGUCUCCAGGCGUGGAAUUACGUGACCUUGCCAUCCACAAUUAGCUUCCUGCAUCAUGCUGGGUACAGGCUAUAGAUAAUUUCUGUGGCCCUAAGCCCACCCUUUUUUGGUUGAUGCGAACACUUGCAUCUUUACAGGAGCCACCUAUCCUUCCUUGACAUAUUGCAUGCCUCACCUCCACAUGCACGUGUCUGUAAGGACUAACCACUAUAGUGGGAACACCAAGCCCAUGUCACCCUGGUCUUUGGCCAUUGAAGUUCUGCAGGCCUACCCUCACACAAGAACAAACACCAUGCCAAGAACUACCACUCCUGGCUGUCAGGAUGGUCAAGCCAUUGUAAGCCACUUACUCGGAUCUUCUUCCAACUAAGUAUUCCAGCACUUCAGCUGCUACUCAAAAUCUGGUCACCUGGGUCACAAUCAGGGCUUCACCCCUCUGCAACACAGAGCCAGCAACCAGUUUUAUAGUAUUCAAUCGAUAGAUCACUUCUUCACAAAAACUGCUAAAGUGAAUGGACCCAGCACAGAGCUUUGUGAGUUCCAGUAGUAAUAGGCACUGGGUGAGAGAUAGAAGUGUUCCAUGUGACUAACUAGUGUCUGUCUUCAGGAUAACUUUUAAACCAUGUAGUAGCACUAAGAUAAAAAAAAACAUGAUUGUUAUGGUCUUGAGAAGUGUUGCAUGGCUAACCAGUGGUGUAAGAUACUUCUGAGAUGUCCAGAAGUCCAAUGGCCAUGAUAUAAUUGACCAACAGUUUACAACUUUAGUUAGAGCAGUAUCAGUGCAUGUGGUUAAAUUUGAAACCAUAUCAAGAAUUUGAGAUAAGGUGGUGUUUCAUUAAGUUUUGGAGAAGUUCAGAAUGAAAGCUUUUCAAAGAAUUAACUCAUUACAUCCGAAUGACACCUCCAGGUGCAUUUGCAGUUAACUACUACUGAUGCC